AAGAUAAUACCUUAAAUAUACAUAGUUUUUGCAUGUACUAGAGCUAAUACUUAUGGAGCUUCAUCUCAUUCUCAUAUUUACCCUAUGUUUGCUUUUUUCCAAUAAAAGUAAUGGUGCUCUACCAGAAGAGGUGUAUUGGAAAUCCAAGUUACCAAACACUCCAUUACCUAAAGCACUACAAGAGCUUCUACAACCAGCAAAUACAGAAAACUUAAGUAUAUCUUCAGAGAUAGAGAAGCCUCUCGAUUAUUAUGAGAGCCGCCCAUUUUCGGAGAUAGACUUCAAUAUUGGUUACUCAAAUAUCAAUAGAAUAGCGAGUACAACUACUACUGUAUUCCUCUUGCAUGACAACCUCUUUCCAGGAAACAGAAUGUAUCUUAAUUUCAAAAAAGCUUAUAAUACUUCGAAAUUUCUGCCGCGUAAAAUUGCUCAAAGUAUACCAUUUUCAACCAAAGAAUAUUCCAAAAUUUUGAAAUAUUCUUCCGUAAAACCCGCAUCAGAAGAAGCUCAGAUGAUCAAACAUACGAUUCAACAAUGCGAAGCGCCAAAAAUAGAGGGCGAAAUCAAAUAUUGUGCUACUUCUUUAGAGUCUUUAGUUGAUUUUGUUGUUUCGAAGUUCGGAAACAAAGUUUUGACUCUUGCUAAUGAGGUUGAAGAAGAGAACAAGAAACAAAACUACACUAUUUCUCAAGGAGUCAAGAAGAUGGGUGAUUACCAAAUUGUGUGCCAUAAACAAAUAUUUAAGUAUGCUGUAUUUUAUUGUCAUGUGAUUGAGGCUACCAAAGUUUAUAUGGUUCCAUUGGUGGGUGAUGAUGGCUCUAAAGUUAAGGCAGCGGUGAUUUGCCAUACCGAUACAUCAGCUUGGAAUCCAGAACAUAUUGCUUUUCAAGUGCUUAAAGUCAAGCCUGGAGGACCUCCGAUUUGCCACUAUCUCAAUAGCGACACCAUUGUUUUUAUUCCUUAUUAGUAAGGGAUAUGGUUUCAUAUAUAAUUUUAUGUGGUGAAAAUUUAAAUACUAGUAUCAUGUUGAAUUAUGGAGCCUAGAAUUUUAUUGUACUCUUAUAGUUUGAAUAUAUUAAAAAUAGAACUAAUGCCAUAAAAAUUUAUAAACUUUACAUGUUUUCUCAAUUUAAUAACGUAUUUUAAAAUUUGUCAUAAAAAUACACAAACUUUCAUCUUUUUCCAAAUUCAUACACAGUGAUAAGGUGACACUCAUUUAUUGGUGCAAUUUGCUGAGGUGGAGGUCAUUUUUCUGCUAUCACCUCAGCAAAUUAUGAUUUCAUGUAUAAUUUUGAAAAAAAAAAUGCUGGUAUAUCUUUAUGACAAGUUUAAAAAACGUGAUUAAAUUGAGCAAACUUGUGUAGUUGGUGAAUUUUUAUGAUAUUACCAUUUGAAAA